CCACCACCUUCUCAAGGCCAACUAGGGAUGGGCAAUAAAUGCUGGCCCAGCCAGCAAAGCCCACGUCUCAUGAAUGAAUAAAAAAAAAGGUCUUCAACUCCAAUCCUGGCAACACCUCAGAAGUGGAUUCUGAGGACAACAUUUUAGAAGACCCGUGACAGCACUCACCCACACCCUCCACCAGCGCAGAGACACACACUUCGGUGGAACCUAGUUCUACAGUAGCCUCGCGGUCACAAUCUGGUGAGCACAGUGCACCAUCUGGUCCACAGCAGAUGAAGGCAGGGACAUCCGAGGUCGCCAGCACUCUGAGGACUGCUGGAAGCCAGGAAUUUGCUGAGCCCAAGUCAGAUAACAAGCCUCUGGAUUCGGUCCUAAAUCAAUUGCUGGAACUGCAAAGACAAGCACGGGAACAUCAGGAAGGGGCAUCAGGAGCUGCGCUCCUCAGAUUGCAACGUCAGGUGGAGGAGACUGUCCGUUUUCAGUCUGAGGUGAUAGCGCCAGCAUGCCAAUGUGCCAAGGUCAACACUGGUAGGAUAGCAGCUACCAUGGAGACCUUGGUUCAGGACAUCAGUUCUGCACUGCUGCAGGAGCUGCACCCCAUCGCUGUAUCCAUUGGUGGCAUCCAUCACUGUCAACACAAGAUUGAGCGAGGCAGCUCAAUCUCACUCAAGCUGCCCCUUCAAAGAGUCAGCCAGGGGUCCUCAGGCGCCCAUAGGCAGGAGACCAGCAGCUUGGCACCACGGGGCCAUCCACCCAGGUGCCUCCGGCAGUGUCCGCCCAAUCGAAAUCCUUUCUUCUGUGACCCCAUCAGCUCCAGCUCCACAGGCCAAAGGGGUUGCACCUGCCCGACAGCAGAACGUUCAAAGCGGGCCAGGCCCUCCAGAGGAUGCCCACCAAGGUCAUCACAGACAACAGAGCGUAGCAGUCAGCAGCUUACCUCCACCUCUGAUGUGGACAUCGGGAGCACACCAAGACUUGGUUGCAGGGAUGUGGUGAACACACACCCCGGGUUGACGUUUCUUAGAGAAGCUGCAGAAUUUCACACUCGAUAUAUUACCACAGUCAUACAGAGGAUAUUUUACACAGUAAACAGAUCAUGGACAGGGCGUAUAACUUGUACAGAAAUUAGGAAAAGCAACCUUCUACAGAACCUAGCCUUAUUGGAAGAGGAAGAGGACAUUAAUCAGCUCACAGAAUUUUUCUCCUAUGAGCACUUUUAUGUGAUCUAUUGUAAAUUCUGGGAACUCGACACUGACCAUGACCUCUACAUUGAUCAGAAGGACCUGGCAAGACAUAAUGAUGAUGCUAUAUCAGGUAGAAUGAUAGAAAGAAUCUUCUCCGGAGCAGUCACGAGGCACAGAAAAACUCCAAAUGAAAGAAAGAUUGGCUAUGCAGAUUUUGUGUGGUUUUUGAUUUCAGAAGAAGACAAAAAGACAUCAACUAGUAUUGAAUACUGGUUCCGCUGUAUGGACCUUGAUGGUGAUGGUGUGCUUUCUAUGUAUGAACUGAACUAUUUCUACGAGGACCAGUGCAAAAAGCUAGAGUGCAUGUCUAUUGAGCCACUGCCUUUUGAAGACUGCCUUUGUCAAUUGCUUGAUCUUGUUAAGCCAGAAUGCGAAGGAAAAAUCACACUCCAUGACCUAAAGAGAUGCAAGAUGGCAAAUGUAUUUUUUGACACUCUUUUUAACAUUGGCAAGUACCUGGAACAUGAGCAGAAGGAUCCAUUUUCUAUUCCGAGGCAAGAUGUGGAGAGUGAUGGGCCGGAAAUGACUGACUGGGAGAAGUAUGCUUUACAAGAAUAUGAAAAUUUGGUGGCUGAAGAAACAGCCAAUGAAAACUGGAAUGACGGGGACUCUGAGCUGUCUGACUACUAAAAGAUACAACUUUAAACAAAGAGGAGUUUUAAGACCUUAUCGAAAUGAGGUUGAUCCUGAAUAUCAGCAACUAAGUCGGGAAGCUGAAUGGAUAAGAAGACUCGGAAAUGCUCAUUGAUGUGUAUGGUGUCUUUUUUUUAUAUAGAUGAAUAUGAUGAUGUUUUGCCAGUUUCUAUUCACAGUUGCCACAGUUACUAGUCACACUCUGCAGCUGGUCUGCUUUAGAGAAUUUGCAAAAGCAAGCAACAAACUUUAAAAAAAAAAAUCAGCAUUGAGGUACUACCCCACCCACCCCCCUCCCCUGGUUGCCCUUAAUCAGUUAAAAGUUAUUUUAAAAAAUUCAAAAUUGAAAAUUCAAGUGAUUUUUUUUUUCAAGAGUUGGAGAAGUCAAACUCUUCAUCUCUUCCAAUUGUAAGUUUGAAGACUGUUGUCAAGAAUGGAAAUUUACAAUGGCACUUAUGUUAGAAAUUGGAAGAUGGUGGGGGAAAGAACUCCAUGCUUAUCUUUCCCCAUAAGUGCAGAGUAUAUUCACUGUGCAGUAGGACAUAGAACACUUCUGGAGAAACCGCAAAAUCUGGGCAAAUUUCCUAAGGUCCAAAGCCAAGUGUAUUUUUUUUAAAAUAGUGUUGUCUAGCCGCUUUUUGUGCAUUAAAGAGGUAACGAUAGCUUCUCGGUUCUUUGUUUAAAAUUGGUGUUGGCAAACAGUGUAUCUAUACAUAGUGGACAGACGUGUGGAAGUUGCGGACAAUAAGAGCACAGAAUUUUCCUGUUUUUUGACUCCCAAGUUACUCUUGUGUACGGUUGUGAAGCAGCUGGAAACUUUGUUCAUUGUGCACACGCAGAAAUCCGGACCGCUUCAAAAAACUUGCAACAUAAUAUUAACAGGCACCUCCAACGUCUAACUCAUCAUAUUCAUGUUUGGAUCGGUUGUCACUACAUUCCACAAGUACAAAAAUAAAUCACUCUAUUGAUGUAUGAACACAGUUUGAACAUUUCCAUUCUCAGUUGCCCAGUGAUGACUCUGCACUGACCUUAACAAUUAAAUGUGCCUUAUUUUUAAAGGGUAAGAUUUUUACAUACAUAAUAUUUGAUAAAUGAAAUUCUGCUGUAGCAAACUUGUUUAUAUGUUAGAAUAUGUUGUACAUAUUUGCUAAGUUUGUGUAUAAUUUCUUGAUUUGUAGAGUCUUGCGGUGUAUAUUUGUGUUGUGGUGCUAAAUCAUACUUUUCAGUGUUGAGAUCAUGUUCUUAUGCAUUUUUGAAAUAAAGUAUUUAAAA